GAAGAGGAAGAAGUGGGGGAGGGGAGGGGCGAAGGGAAAGGAUGUCGAUGCGCCAGCGGUGCUCGGUUUCGGGGGUUGACUCGCGCCGCGGGGGCGAUGAGCGCACUUCCCUCCGCCCUGAGACUUCGAAUCCGCUUCUCCUGCCGUUCCUGGCUCCUGCUGCUCGGUUGCAGCAUCGUCUUCCUGAUAUCAAACCUGAUUACCGUUACCAAAGCCGAUCAUUUCAAAUCUUCGAGGAAUUUCUAUCCUCGAAUUUAUCGAAGACAGGUGCAAGGUGAUGACGUGCACCGAUCAUCCGGCUACAUCGAAAGGAACGUCGCCGUCUACGAGGACGGCGAAAUACUCGACGACCUGGACGACGAUUAUUUUGAGGCUAAUAUUACAGCAGAGAAAGGUCAGUACCUGGGCUCGCCGUGCGAACUUACGUGCAAUCCGGACCUCCAGCAUGUGUUCUGCGAUUCCAUCACUGGCCUGUGCGAGUGUGAAAAAUUUUACCCCGUUCGUCUUGGGCCUAGCAAAGGAUGUGCCAAACCGAAAAGAAUUGGAGAACAGUGUUUCUACCGUGCGACUUGCACUUUUGCCGAUCAACACGCGACUUGCACACAGGUGCAACACAAUGCGGUGUGCGACUGUGAAGAAGGCUAUCACAGGGUCACCUUGUCCAGACCAACAAAGAAGAUCUUCUGCGCCGAAGAUCUCAUGCUGAUAACUACAGACAUACCGACACUACUCUGCAUAGCAUCUGGAAUAGCUGUAUUCACGGGUAUGAUAUGCUUCGUCCUGAAACUGUUCAGCCGUGCAAGAUAUUCAAGGCCACGACACUACGCUAACGCGAAUCAUCCACCACCCAUGCUAUUCUCUAGCGAUACAGGUAUACCUCUGACGCUGCACGGUGGCCGGCCAUCUUCGCGUUCGAGCCAAAGAAGCGGAGGCGGCGGAUCUUUGAGCUGUGCGUUCACCAGGAGGCCUAGCAGCGGUGGUAGCCGCGGUCCUCUGGUACCGGCAUCAAGAGCAGGUGCGGCACGAGCCGCCGCCAUCUUGCUUAUAUCGUGUCACCUGCAGGCAACCAAGGGCGGGAACAAGCACCGACGUACCCUUAGUGACGUAGCUGAGGGAUCGUCCGACGGCCUCGGUUCUCGUCGACCUAGUUUAGCAUCAGUUCACAGUUCAACAUCCUCGGCCCGUAGUUACAGCGCACGUAGAUUGGAAAAAGAACGUAAUGAAAAGGAACAAAGGCAGGCUCUCCAAGAGUUAAGGUUACAAAAACAACGGGAACAGCAGCAACAGCAACAACAGCAACAUCAACAACAACAUCAACAACAACAACAACAGCAACAAGUAGCCCCAACACCCAGUCCUAGGACUCCGCAUUCUACUGACGAACUUUUGCCAUCUGUCGAAGAGGGUAAAGAAGUAUUUUACAACGAGGUACCGACAACGUCUGAGUCACCGGAAACGAUGAACACGGCAUUAUCGACGACUACUGCAGUGGUCAACAGCAGAAAAAUCGACAUCCCAUCUGCCACAACCCCGACAACAUCUAUCUUUGACGCGAAUGUGGCACCACGCGCCUCCGUAGACAUUUUUCAAGUUUAGAUCGUGAUUAAUCGUGAAUCCUCGUCAUCGUGAUUCUCUCUUCGUAUGAUCAAACGAUACCCAUUUUUCCGAUCUAAUUAGAAAAUUUCAUUAUGAAACAAAAAUUGCGAUUUAAUUUCAAAGAAAAUGAAACUAAACGAAAAGAAAAGAAAAGAAAAAAAAAAAAUGAAAUAAUAAUAAUAAUAAUAAUUAAUAAUUAAUAAUAAUAAUUAAUAAUAAUAAUAAUAAGAACAAUGUUCGUCGAGCUUUGUCUACGAGCGCUCGGCUUAUUAAAAUAAUGCUUAAACAAUAACGUGAAACGGCCGUCUCCAUAAAAUGGGAUUUUGUGGUAAAAAAAGCAUACCGAUAAGGCAAGUUCAAGUAGCUAGCGUUCUAUUCCGAAUUAAUAAUAAAAAAAAGAAGAUGAUGAUGAUGAUGAUGAUGAUGAUGUUCUUAUCAAAAAUUAGGGUCUUUUAAAAGGAACGCGAUUGAUACGAUUUGUCGUUUUUGCAUCGGUAUUAAAUCUGUCUUUUAUUUCCAUAUUGUUUUUAUUCGAUAUUAACGAUUUAUAUAUAUGAUAAUUAUUAUUAUACAAGGGAAACAGUGUUUCGAAGAAAACAAUUAACUGAUCAGAUUACAUAUCCAUAAAGUCUAUGAACGACGUACUACGCUUUCUUUGUGAAAAAGGAAAAAAAAUAAGUCAUGAUUUUGAUGGGAUCCUUUAAUGAUUGAUUAUCGAACGACCUCACGAGUUCUUUGGUAACCUACACGAAACAAGAGAUAUACAUAUAGAUAUACAUAUAUAUCUUUUAUAUGCUACAUAUACAUGUUUCGUAUAUUACAUGUAUAUGUUGCAUAUAUUACAUAUAUAUAUAUAUAUAUACAUUUAUUUAUAUUGUAUUGAUAACAUAUUUACAAAUAUUCGCAAAUAGUAUAUUUAUAUACGAUAUAUCAAAUUGUUCCGUAUGGGUAAUUCGUGAUAACAUUUGCCAUUUAAAAAACCUUUAAAUCGUAUCGGUUUAACGCUUCAGCUUCUCGUCGAUAAUUUAAACGACAUAUCAAAUGAAAAAUAACAUUUGAUGGACGAAUGGGGUAACGAUGGUGAAUAUCUACAAAUUUAAUAUCAUUUUACGUAAUAUUAUAAAAUCUUUCAUAGAGAUGCGAAAAAAAUAUUGACAAGGUAUUCGUUUAUUCUUUUUUUUUUUCAACAAAAAAAAAAAGAUCGAUACCAAAGUCAUCACCAAAAACCCGUACUCCCAUAGAUAUUUCAUUAUUAAUCAGUGCAAUACGAUUAUAUUAAUGAAUAUGAAAAAUUGUAUAAUGAAAAAAGGAAAGUUUGAUCCAUUGGUUUAAAUUUUUCGAUAUUAUUAUUCACCUUUGCAUUGAAACGAUUGUAAAUAAUCGAUAAGGAAAAUAUUUGAUAACGUUUAUUGAUCUCUUUUGUUUCACUCUUUCGUAAAUUUAUUUUAACAUAUUUAUUAUUCGUCGAGAGAGAGAGAGAGAGAGAGAGAGAGAGAAACGUUAAUGCGUAUCUAAGAAAUCGAUUGGAUAAAAAAAGAAAAUUGAAACCAAAGGUCUCCUUAUACAUUAAUUUAUAUGUCAGCCGAUCAUACACAAGGAAAAUCUUUUAAUUAUCAAAAGUCACGCAAAUUACUCGCAAUCGUGUACGAUCGUUCUACCAAUUUGUCAUAUUUUUCUAUCUAUCUAUCUAUCUAUCUAUCUAUCUAUCUAUCUCUUCCUUUCUAUUCUUUUUUUUCUAUCUUCCUUUUCUUAUUUUAUCGAUCCCAUUGCUAAUUAUUUAUUUAAACAAAAUAUAUCCUUCCAUAUACCGCGUCAUUUUUCCAAUCGUGAUGAUUGUCCUUUCGUUUCCUCACAACCAACACAACUACUAACGUUGUCGUUUCGAAUAAAUCAGUUUAAACAUCGUCGGCAAUGUAAAACGCGAUUCUAUUCAUUAUUUGAUAUAAUUUUAUUUAAAAUAAUACAAAAAGAAAAAAAAAGGAAGAGAAGUAAUACUAAUACUACUAUUACUACUAUUACUACUACUAUUAUAAUUACUACGCGUAGAACCGAAUAAAAUGAUAUUUCGCGAAAAAAUCAACCAACUCGGGGUCGUCGCAAAGUGUUAAUCGACGCGUUCCGUGUUCGAAUAAUUUCACGCUGCCUUUUCCCUAUAAGAGUAAACAAACUAAUUUAAAACAAAAUUUACGACAAAAUACAAAAAAAAAACUGAGAAGAGCGAUAUAUAUUAUACAUAAAAAACAAACAAAAAUAUAUAUAUAUAUAUAUACAAACACACAAUCGGAGAGGAAUCCUUCGCGAAAAAUUCUUAGAUCGCGAUUCGAAAAUUUCGAUCGUUAAGCCAAUCGAAUCUUCACAUCUAUAAUUCAUCUUUAAAAAAAAAAAAAACAGAAAAAGCAGGCAAAAAAGAAAAAAAAAAAAUAAGAAAAAUAAACAAAGCAAGAAAAAAAGAUGCAACAGGUACACAAAAGUUAUGCAUUAUAUCUACGCGUGUUUUGGCAACGAUCGCACUUAUAAAAGCAAAGAAUAAUUAAAAGGGGGAGAGAAAAAAGGGCCGGGACAGGGGAGGGGAGGGGAUUGGGGGGUUAAAGAAAAAAAAAGGGAGAAAAGAAAUAAUACCAAAAUAUUAUCCGACAGAUCUACCGCCGAUUUAUCGUGAGCGCUAUUAAUUAUUUAUUAAUGGGAAAAAAAAAAAAAAAACAUACUUAAGCGAGAAAAAGAGAAA